UUUGCUUAUAAACCUGUCAAUAUUGGUAAUAAGAUAUGGGUACUUGAACAACUAAAGUAGAACACGCUACACAAUCGCAUGACUGGAUAUCACCUGACAUGGGUUAGGUUAGUUGCAAUUUCAAGAUUUAAAUUAGCAAGGAAAGAAGUUAUGAAUAGUUACAAAAUGGCUUCUAAUUUAGAGAGUUCAAUUCAUAGAGGAUCAGAAUCAUUCUUUGACUUUUCUUGUUUCCCCUGUCAGGAAAAUGACAGAAACACGGAGGCUGAAUUUUACUGUGGGGACUGUUCUAAAUUUUACUGUAGCAAAUGUGUGGAGUAUCACAACUAUCUUUACAAGAAGCAUGAAAUUUUGGACAAGACAAACAUCAGCCAGUGGCCUGAGACUAAUGUGGGUGAACAAGAGAUUUGUCAGGAGCAUAAGAAGGAAAAACUGACAGGAUUCUGUGAGGACCACAGUCAGCUGAUAUGUCAUGCCUGCCAUGUCCACACUCAUCAGUUAUGCAGUCAUGUGGUACUAAUAGCUGACAAGGUUAAAGACCUCAAUCAAAAAAGAGACUUAGAACAGUUGUCAGCAACUCUUAAUACACAACACCAGCAGUUGAUAAAGAAGAAACAUGACUUUGAGGAAAAUUUGCAGUCUCUUGAGAAAUCUUACAAGAAAAUUCUGGAAGAAAUCAAUGCUUUACGAAAGACUAUAAAUGACGCUUUGGAUCAACUGGAGAAAAAUACCAAGAAGGCUUUGGACACAUUGUUGGUCAAUGUGAAGACAUCUAUCAGAAAUGACAUUGAAAACUGCAAUAAGUCCAUAAAAAAUAUAUCAUGCUUACAAGAAAAUUUGCUGACAAGUAAAGACAAAAAAGAAGCACUGAGUUUUAUCAAGUACAGAAAAUGCCUUGACCAGUCCCUCAAGGUAGAAGCAUCUUUACAAGAUAUGACAGCAAAUAAUGAGAGGACACUAACCUUUAAUCCUGAUAGAACCAUCCAACAAACCCUGUCUGCUCUAUCUGGAUUGGGACAAAUACUGAGCACAGUUAAACAAUCACAACCCACUAAAAGGACAACACAGAACACAAAUACCAGACAGAAUACACCUAAAGCAUGCAGCCAGUCUGACCCUGGAAACCAAACAGCUUCAAGAUUAAAGGUAAACACAUCCAUUCCAGAAUCAAGUUCAUCUAGACACUAUAGCCCUGGAAACCAAAACAGUCAUCUGCCCAAGUCAGGCCUGGUAUCUGAUCCUGUAUCAAGCUCAUCACACCAGCUGGUCCAGGGACAUCAACCAGGUGCAUUAAGCAAACCUGAUCAAAUCAUAAAAGUGAAGAGUAGUAAGAAGUACAGUGUGAAGAAUGAGGGUGAUCUAGACAUAUGCUACAUAAAUGGUAUCUGUGAGACAGCUUCUGGAGAACUUGUCAUCACAGACCAAUACAACAACAAAGUGAAGCUCCUGGAUCAGACCUACAACGUGGUGGCCCACUAUGACUUGCCUAGUACACCACGGUCCAUGUGCAGCAUUGACACCAGUCUGGUAGCAGUUACUGUGGGGUACAAACAAGUCCAUGCUAUCAGAGUGACCAAUGAUCAGUUGAUAAAGGACAGGAUACUGAAGCUCCAACAUCACUGUAAUGGUAUUGCCCAUGAGCAUGGUAACCUGUACAUAACAGAUGGUACAGCUCUGUAUCACUAUACUCUGGAUGGAAGACUGGUGAGGGAGAUGUAUAAGGAUACAUCAGGUUACAAUGCAGUGACCUCCUGUGCAGUGAGUCCAGAUGGUGACAGGAUAUAUGUGACCAACAAUAACAGUAAAGAGCUGGUCACACUGUCCAGGGAUGGCACAGUGAUCUCCACCCUGACUGUACCUGACCUGAGCUCCCUUAUAGGAGGACUACCUGGCCUACAUGUGACAGAUUCAGGACAAGUUCUUGUGUGUGGAUACUUUACAGACACAAUCAUCCAAGUGGACAGAGAUGGAAGACAGAUACUGGCAGAGGUGGUCACAAAGAAUAAUGGUGUGAUUCUCCCUGUGUCUGUCUACUACAGCAAGCACACACGCUCAAUCAUUGUAGGAGUGUACAGCAAUAAUGACAUCAUAGCGUUUAAGGAGCAGUGACUGUUGCAGAAGGAUGAUUUAUAAUCAUUCAUAAUAAUUUACACAUUCAUAUAUAUAGUUCUCAUUAUAAAACAUGACCUUUGACCUAGUGACCUGAAAAUCAAUAGGGGUCAUCUGCGAGUCAUGAUCAAUCUACCUAUCAAGUUUCAUGAUCCUAGGAAUAAGCGUUAUUCAGUUAUCAUCCGGAAACCAUUUUACUAUUUCGGGUCACCGUGAACUUGACCUUUGACCUAGUGACCUCAAAAUCAAUAGUCAUGAUCAAUGUACCUAUGAAGUUUCAUGAUCCUAGGCAUAAGCGUUCUUGAGUAAUCAUCCGGAAACCAUUUUACUAUUUCGGGUCACCAUAACCUUGACCUUUGACCUAGUGACCUCAAAAUCAAUAGGGGUCAUCUGCGAGUCAUGAUCAAUGUACCUAUGAAGUUUCAUGAUUGUAGCCAUUAGCGUUCUUGAGUUAUCAUCCGGAAUCCAUUGUCUUUUUCGGGUCACCGUGACCUUGACCUUUGACCUAGUGACCUGAAAAUCGAUAGGGGUCAUCUGCCAGCCAUUAUCAAUCUACCUACGAAGUUUCAAGAUCCUAGGCAUAAGCGUUCUUGAGUUAUCAUAAUGAAACCAUUUUACUAUUUCGGGUCACUGUGACCAUGACCUUUGACCUAGUGACCUGAAAAUCAAUAGGGGUCAUCUGCGAGUCAUGAUCAAUCUACCUUUUAAGUUUCAUGAUCCUAGGCCUAAGCGUUCUUGAGUAAGUAAGUAAGUAAGUAAGUUUAUUGUAAACAAAGGCCUCCGGCCCAUAAUACAUCAUGUUUACAAAAUAUAUAUAUAUAUACAGAUAAUACAGAGAGUUGUCCCUACCUAUAUAUA